CCCGGCUGCCUCCCACAUCUGACAGUCGAGAGGAGUUCUGGAGGCGCCUCUUUUUUUUCUCGCUCUCCAUCCAUCCCUUUGGCGGCGCAGAAGGCUGGAAAGUAUGGCGGAGGAGGAAGAAGUUCUACUUGAAGUAGAGGCGUGCAAGCGAUUUACGACGAUGAUUGUGCCGUCCUUGAUUCUUUCCCUCCCCAUCUCCACCUCCACAUAAAGCCCAGAACCGCCGAUAUCUCUUCCCAACAGGUUCCUUCCCCAUCAAUCGAUUAUUUACCGCAGCUUCUUAUCUUUGCAGCGCAUGCCCUUCUCACGCCUCGCAUUACAAUUUUCGCUGUUUGGCAAUGCUGGAUGGGAUAGAUAGUUGGUGCUGAACUAAGUUGGGCAUACGUUUGAAACUCCAGCCGUCUGGUCUGAAAAAACUAAUAGAGAGAGUUGACUCAGCCCUCUUCUCAGCUGUAGACGGUUCUUGUGGUUAGCCCUAAUUUCAGUAUAUUACUAUCACUUGGAUGAGCGCUCUUCUCUCUGCAUAAAAAAAAAUGAAUCUGAACAUUUUUCGGUAAAAUUUCAGGCAGCAGUGGAGAAGCUUUCGAUUAUGAAUCAGCCCGAUGGUGAAUGUCCAUUGUGUUUAUAUCCUUUGGUUCCAGAAAAAUUAGAGGGCGAAACCUUGUCAUUUAUGAAGUUGAUGUCGUGUUUUCAUUGCUUCCACAGGUAAUAGUUUCUUACAUACUUCAUUCUAACAGUCUCAGUGGUUCAUUUUGGCUCUGCCAAUCUCAUCCUUUUGCCUUGUACGUUAUUAUGCCAGUGAAUGCAUUAUAAGGUGGUGGACUUGGCUUCAAAAGCAGAAGGAGUACACCAGUGCUUCAUCUGUCACUAUGCCGCAGCAAAUGAGACCAGGAAAGAUGAUGUUGUAAGAAGUCAGGGAGAGCUUGGAUUUUUUGAGUUUUACUAUGAGUGGUUGCUGCAGAGCAAUCGCAGUGAAAAGUUCUCUCUAUCAUUUGUUCCUUUCGCAGCUUGUAGUGGGGACUUGUUUAGCAAACUUAAUAAGCAUGGGCCAUUAAUAUGCCUCUGAAAACUGGUGAAUCUGCAGGAACAGAUGACAGCAUGGGCAAAUGUCCAGUUUGUCGGAAGAUUUUUCAUGCGGAGGAUUUGGAACAUGUUCUUAACUUGGUUGGACCUCAUUCCUCUCAAUUGAGUCCGACCAGCAAUGAACACAAGGAUAAUGAAAAUGGUCGGGAGGUGCUCGAUUCUCAGCCCGAGCAGACUAGAAGAGAGAAAUUUGAGUCUAUUCUAAAAUUACAAGAAGAAAGCAACGGCUUGAUAGAACCGAAAAAGAGUAUAGUGGUUUUGCCUGGCAUGUUCCUUCAUCAGCCUGUGGCAGCGUCUACUCCUACAUCAAAUGAAGAAACCGUAGAACAAAAACCAAGAGAAGCGCCACCUAUCUCAGGGAAUUCUGCUGGUUAUACUUCAGACCACGCCAAUAGCUUUGCAAAGCGUCAGAACCUUAAUAGGAGGAACCCGAAUCAACUGAAGAACUCUCAAACACAGACCAGACAUUGGGAGAGGAAAGAGAAUGGUACUUCAAGUUGAGUACCUUUUGUAUAUAGAAACUUUCUUAGGACUAAUGGGACUCUCAUUAUAUUAUCAUCCUUGCUAUGUUUGGCUAUGUCUUUUUCAUUCCAUA